AUGGUCAGACUGCACAGAUGUUUCGCGUCAAUCAUGAUGCAGAAGCAUGUAAUUGAUUUCAAUGCGACUUUCAGCAAACCAAGACAUGACAACUUGUUAUAGGUAGCUUUCUGUCUAUUUUUGUGUAUUAGUUUUAGAUGAUUCCAGAAUUCUUGGCUUCCUGUGUGUUCACUAAGUUAUCGAUUUUUGAUUUAAGGAGCUUUGUCUUUGAUUUGAUUAGCUUUUUGUACUUUUUGCGGGUUGUGUGAUAGCGGAGCUCCACGCGCGUGCUUCGUGGGCGGAGCCCCAUUGCUAAGUAAAUCUACCCAUCCCAGAAAAUUUGGUAAUCACGUGACCGUACACCGACCGCCAACCGACCGACCGUCCGUCCGUCCGUCCGUCCGCACCACAGGACAACCACUGUUUACUCUCACACUUUUAGCUAGUUUGGGAGCCCAAGAGAAAACUAAUUGCACAUCAAUGUUGUGAUCAAUUGACAGCUAUCAAAACAGGGCAUCCGCUGACCAGUAUCACCUGACCGUACCACGGGCUCAAGUGUCGACCCAUCGACGUGGAAUAUUUUUUGAAGUUAUCCGCUGACAAAUUACCAGUUUUAAAUGAUCGCAGGCUCAAGUUUAUUUUUUCCAAGGAUUCAUAUCAAAUUUGUUGUGUUUAUGUCACUAUGGCCCCGCACUAUUAGGAUGUUGAUUUCAAACUGACCUUGGAAGCGAAAAUUCAUCCAGUUUUUUUAAAAGUUCUGGCGGGAAAGACCUUACCUUACCAUGGUCUUGCGUUGGUCAUGCUCUACGUCAAAUUUUUAUACUCUGAUUGGUCAAAAUUUGACAGGGGAGUUCAUGCGGAAAAAUUAUGCAUCAUCUUGAAAGUAGUUUACUUUGACAGCUGAAGCUGACAGAGUUUUGUGCCAACCUGUGAUGUUUUUAACUGUCUUUUUCCUCUGGAUGUGCAAAAUGAAUUACAGCUGCUAUCAAGAGUCUUCUGUUAUUCAUGGCUAGUUUGGUUACUGGGUUUUUGGUUGAGAAAUGCGUCGCUUGUCAAAAUUCGGUAAUUCGAUUUCGGAUGGCAUCGUUUUCGUUUUUCACCUUGCUUAAUGCGUAAGAGGGUUUAAAAGUCUCAAGCAACUGUGGCCUUCCUUGAUAGCUUUCAGGAACUGAAUCUCGAAUGGUAAGCCUAAGUAAUUAUUGUAUUUGAUGUUUGUUUUUGUUAUAUCUAUUUUUCAUGAAGUCUUGCACAGUUCACGCUGACAGUUUAUGCGGCAUGUUUAUGCACGUUUGUAGGAAUUGACUCAAUGAUCUGACCUAGUAUCAGGUUUGAUAUAAGCUUACAGAACUUUAAAAAGCCUUCAGAUAUAUUUGCUCAUCACAAAUAGAAAGAAAACUUUCCGAAGAAUAUUUAGUUGUAAAUUUGGCUGUAGAAAGAAAACUUUGAGCGAUUUUCUUGCUUUGAGGAGUUCACCUUGCAAAACAGUAAACACCGCGCCGGGAAGCCGGCUAAAACAUAAACUUAAGCUUUACGCUUAAAGACUCAGGAUUUUUAGAGACACUUUAAUACUUGUCUUUGUGAAUGAAAAUUGUCUCUGUAAAUGUUUCACGGAAUUAUAUCUCUUUUUUGAUUGUUAGUAGCCUCUCGUGCAAUUUUAAUCGUUUGUCUGUGCCGUUUGUUUUCAUCGUUCAUGACCAUCGCUUGCAGGAGUACUCAAAAAUGUGGCGCGUAUCAAAACGCUUUAUAAGAUUACACAUCGUUAUAACUGAAACCAUUAAAUAACAAAACAAAUAAUAAUAAAUUCGCGAUUAUGUUGAAGCGUAACUCUGUUAAAGUUCAUUCAAACACACGACCACACUGACAGCUCGCACUAUAGAAACGAGAACCAGCUGGCCGUAUGGGUGAUUUUGGAAAUUUUCUGAAAUUUUUGAACGGUUUGGCUCGUGCUGAAAAUUGACUGAGUGCAAUUGGUCUUGAAAAAUUGUGAAAUACCGCAUUCUGUCCGAGCUCUGUAUGAUAAAUAGUACUGUUUCACCUCAAAUGUGGUGUAUAAUAAUUACAAAAGGUUGGUUUAAACACCCCCAGAUUUGUUGGCAAGAAUUUGUAAAGUAAACCUGCCAAACGCAAAAACAUUUGGCUUGAUUUGUUUUCCAAGAAUUUGUUUUUGAGGCCUAAUCUACUGUGAUCUUGAAUGUGCCCUUAAGUUAAAUGAUUUGUGGAUUAAAAGUUUAUUGUUUGAUUUAAAUUAUAAAUUUAUUAUUAUUGGAGCUUCCCUUUUAGCCGUGGCUAAAUGUAUAUAUUAGUUAUGCCUUAUAGUUUCAUCAAGGGGAUUGUUAUGUUUCUUGUUAGAGAGUUCGUUUAAAAUCUUUUUCGAAGUGAAACAUCCAUUAUUGAACCAUCUCUCCAAGUUCGUUUCCAUGAGAGAUUGUAACUUUUUUCCAGGAUUUUUUGUUGGCGUUUCAUAGAUUGGAUUUUGUUCUUUGGUGUUGAGUUCUCGUGUCCCAGGGUGUCGUUGUGCGUGUCAAGGUCGAUGACCCUAGAUUUCAGAAGACCAAUUUCCAGUUUAAAACAUUUUCCAGUUUUGUCAGUUUUUCCUCCACGUGAUCUACUUGGAGCUGUCAUCCAGCUGUACUUAUAAAUUAUUUUUCAUUUUUGUGACGUUUGAUUCCACGUUUGACACAACCAACUUGAUUUUGUUGAGCGAUGCUUUGCUUCUCGGUCAAAGUCCUGAUUGAAUCUAGUGAUUUCCUCCUCUUUCAGUAAAUAGGUUUUCGUGUUUCAGUGAAUUUUGUUUAUGGAAUUCUGGAUAUCAUGUUCUUCUGUAGGUGGGAGUGCUUACAAUGAUUUUGCGCUUGCUGUUUCUUGUUUGAUCAUGAGUAAAAAGUGCAAGGCCUCUUCCAGGUUUUUUUAAUGAUUCGUUCUGUUGGUGUUGGAAGGUGCUCAUGGUCUGAGCUCUGGCGUCUGUUGGGUAAGUUGUUGAACACAUCCUUUUUUAGAAUAGGGAAUUGCUUGUCGCUCCUGAUGUGCCAGGCAGUUCCUUGGCACAUUAUUACUCCUGUAGUCAGGUAAACGGACAUAGUAAAAAGUAGAGAUUGGCUUUCCCCAUUAACAUGACUUACUUUAAGCUUGAUAUGUUCAAAAGCUUACUCAUCAUUGUUGUUGCGGUCGAUUCAUGCCACAUGGUAGUGGUUGUUUUCACUGAGCGGUGAAAGUGAUGAUCUUGAAGAGCCUUUGCCCAAUACAGGAUUCUUCGGUGGUGUAGAAACCAACACAAUGUGCUGAUGGCGUGUACAACUUGGUGUUGAUUUCUUCAAGCAGCAGCUUCUUCUGCUUGCCAGUUGUGCUUUUAAAUUUUCAAAUAUUGUAUUUCUUUUGAAUUUGCUCCGUUAUGGACUAUCCGAUGGCCGUACAAAGGCUGGUAAAUAGGUCAGAGUGCUAAAUAUUCACGGAGCUAUGCAGUCAUGUACUGACUGUCAUGACGCCAUGAUACAGAGGAUGAUCUCAGAGAACGGAACUCAUUUGGCAAAUUAGAGCAAAUCUCAUCUUCCCUUUUUCCUGGGUUUUCCUGGCAUUGUCUUAUUCGAGAACUUUCCUGGAUUCUCUGAAAACCCUUCUCUGAAAGAACGGUUGUUUUGGUUAAUACUCCAUAACUAGGGUGGUGGACUAUGCAUUGAAAUUCUGUCCUCAUUUGUCUUCUUUUCUUUAUUUUUUCCUUUGAAGUUCUAGUGGGUUUUUAGGCAUAUUCGUCAUUUAUGUUGGGUGGCCCCAUUUGAGACCAUCGCAUGGUAAAACUUCAUGAAAAUUUCAACCCCAUGAAUCAAACGCAAGGAGUGGAGAGUGCGUUAACAUUCAUGCUUUGAUAAAUUAUUUAGUGGACGGUUGUCAAAACAUUUGCAAUAUUUAAAUAAGAGCUAGUAGUCUGUUAUCCACAUAAUAGUUGUAGCGAAGAAUCCUGUGUCCCAAACAUCCAGUGAAAACCCUGUAAUUCUUUAUGGGGAGGCAACACUGGGACCCAACGCCAAGCUGAUUCAAUAUCAACAAUCGAGUUAAAACAGUUUGGAGAAGAAAACAACACCUCUUUGUCAAUUGAGUUCAAACGAAAUGAAACCCAAUCACCCUUGAUGUGAUUGUUUAAUGAUGAACCAUACCGGCGAGUGCAAUCAGUUAUAGGGCGAAAUUUGUGGGAAUCCUUUUUAGCUACACGGCCAAUAGAGUGAACACAAUGGGGUUUAGAGUCAAUCUUGGAAAUACAGCGUAAUUCCAGUUCCUUUAAGAAUAAGUGAUCGAUGUCCGGUUUGAAGUCGGGACAUGUAGCACUUGAAUAAUUUUCUAAUUCGGAGUUGUUGAGACAAAAGGGGUCUGACUUGGGAUUAAGUUUAAAACCAUAACGCUAACCAACGAGAAUUCUCAGUUUUCACCUUACGUCAGAAGCAUCCAUAUUUACUUGGCGGCCAUAUUGGUGUACAGCUUGCUCAUUAGCAUAUAUCAAAAUACAAAGCGAUGUAGGGUUUUUUAACACCUGUCAACGAAAAAUCAACGAAUUCGUUAGAGAAAAUCAAGUGACACUUAUAGAGAUGAUUGCUAGUGUCAUUCCUCUAUUGUCAGAGUAGUUGAAAAAUGGAGAAUGUUUUGAAAGUCUACGUUAAAUUGAGAAAGUUUCAGCUCAUACCAGAACCAGCUGCAUUGCGGGGUGAAGGAUUAUAGCAGCAUGUCUGAAGAUAAUCCCGGGGAAUCUAAAACAGAAAACUUUGAAAAAACAGACAGGGAAGAUUCCACACUUGUUCCUCUUUCAUUGGAGUACUCGAAAAAGCUAGAGAGCCGGGUAAAAAUAAAAAUAAAAAUUGAGAAAAUAUCAGUGACUGGUAUUUACCCAGCUACGUUGUGGCACAUGAAGCUCGAUCCAGACUGUUUACCACCCAUCGAAGCCACAGAUCUACUGUCGAUUUGGUUUUAG